GCCGAGCCCGGUGCCGCGAUGCUGCGGGGAAGGUCACGCUCGCGAGCUGCACGGCCGGGCUCGAGCUCAGCCGUCUCCGAGAACAACCGCCGUCGGGGGGCAGGCAGCGCCAUGAGCGGGCAGCCCCCGCCUCGGCCGCUCUACUUCCCUCAUUUCCACGACCGCCCGCGGAAGAUCUUGGCGGCCGUGUGCGGACCGUGGCAGCCCCCGCCUCCCGCCGGGGCUCCCCGCUGGCCCGCGGGGUUGGCGGCUAUUCCCUAUGAGCCGCUGCGCUUCUUUUGCCCCGCGGCGGCCGAGGAGCGGGCGGCGAGGCGACCGGGCGAGCUGACGCAGCUGGAGCACGAGAUCUGCGAGCUGGGCAUCCGCAUAAAGGAGCUGGAGCUGCUCGCCCUCAUCGGCGAAGACUUCGACGCGCAGCAAUAUAAGCUUCUGAAAGCACUGAGAGAAGAUAAGAUAAAAUGCAUGAAAGCAAGGCAGAAACUGAAGCAGAAGUCCCUGGUGUGACGGAGAUGUUUCAUCUGGAUGCUCUGUGCUACAGAGUAUUUUAAUGGACCUGCCAUAGUAUUUUUCUACUUACUACAUGCUAUUCCUUUAAUAAAUUCAAUGAAAAUUUGUUAUAUAUAUAUAA